AUGCCCAAACUCGAGCCGUCUCCAGAGCUCACGUUCCCCCCGACGCUAGCAGAUCUCAGCAGGAAUGCGUCGGUCAUCUCGACGUCCAGCUCAGACUCGGGCUCUCCACAUAUCGUGACCACUCCGAAGGCGCGGCCGCUGCGUACCUUCACCUCGCCUCGUUCCAGGAGUCCACGAAGUCCAUCAGGUGUCCGCGCCUCCUCUAAACCUCCUGCGUACUUGAAUAAGGAGUUUGGUUUGAUGGACGAUCCUGCUGAAGUCGAGGCAGCCACGGCACGCGCGCGUUCGGGCUCUCGCAAACCGCAAGGUCUGCCAUCGGUCAGAGAUUUCGCAUUCGCGGCCACAUUGGGCGAGGGAUCGUAUUCGGAGGUCAAACGGGCAACAUAUCUGCGAACAGGCCAGGAAUUUGCUGUCAAAGUGUUGGAUAAAGCAUUCCUCAAACGCAAGGGGAAGAUGUCUACCGCUCUGGACGAGAAGAACGCCUUGGUUAGGCUCAGUUCUGGUCACCCUGGCAUCGUGAGGCUCCACCACGCCUUCCACGACCAAUAUCAAUUAUAUUUUGUAAUCGACCUCGUUCCCAACGGGGAGAUGCAAACACUCUUGUCUCGCAUCGGCUCUCUCUCGAUAACAUGUGCUCGCUACUACUCCGCACAGAUCGUCGACGCCCUUGCCUUCAUGCAUGCUAAGAAUGUUGUCCACCGGGACCUCAAACCGGAGAACCUACUCCUGGACGAGAACUUUCGUAUCAAAAUAUGCGAUUUCGGUACGGCUAAGAUUCUAGAACCAGGGGCUGAGCCCGAUCAAACUUUCGUGGGCACUGCACAAUAUGUGUCGCCGGAAAUGAUACAAAAGAAUGAAACCAGCUUCAGCGUGGACUUCUGGGCAUUGGGUUGUAUCAUAUACCAAAUGAUAGCGGGUCGCUUCGCUUUCCAGGGCCUCUCUGCAUACAUCACUAUGGAGAAGAUUAAGAAGGUCGAAUAUGCUUUCCCAGAAGGUUUUGAUGAGGAAGCGAAGGACUUGGUUCAGAAGCUUCUGGUCCGUGAACCCACUGAACGCCUGGGUGCCGGUGCCCCUGGCACUCCAUAUGACAUGCACGCCUUGCGUUCACAUCCAUUCUUAUCGGUGAUUGAAUGGGAAACCUUAUGGAAUGGAUCGGUGCCUCGUCUACAGCCUGGGAUGUUGCAGAAGGAUCAUCCCCUGGCCAAGGGAAGCGGCAACUGGGAGGACAUCAUCUCGACCUGGGACGACAUGACCAACGGUGACGAUGACGACGAAAUCAACUGGGCAUCCGAUGCCGACAGACAUGGGCCGCUAUUCUCCCGGCAGAACGGAUUCGGUCAACCCAACGGAUACAACACCGUUCCUAUACCGGUGGUGGAUAUUGGACCUAUGGACGAAAUAGCUGACUAUUCGGAUGCACGUGCUGAGAAUGUAGCGGGUGUUUCGCCAUUGGAGCACGAAUCGGUGCGAGAAGAGGUUGCGGAAGCUAGGUUAGGCCAGUCUGCUGGGCAGGAUGGGGACUCGCCGCCUGGAACGCCGUCCACUGCGUCCGAUGGUGCAACGGAAGAGAGAUUGGGAUUGGCUAUGAACUCACUCGGGCUUUACUCCAAGCCGCCAUCCUCGAUGCCCCCAGAACAAGCGGAUGACGAACGAGGCCGUAGCACCUUACCAACUCCUCUUGAAUUCAACGACCCGAUUAAGUCCACUGAUAUCUUACCAUUGCUGCAGGAGGAAGAGAGGAUUUUAUUCAGAUCGCUCGUCGAGUCAAGAUCACUUCGCCGUCGCGCGAGUAAACUCAUCGCUCGUUCCGUCACCGCUUUCAAACCAAAGACGCGACAUCUCGUUCUCACUACGAAGCGUUUGCUGUGCAUCAAACAGCGGAGAAAACACGGCGACACACUUCAUGUGAAGUACGAACUUAGCCUGAAACCAUCGGAGAAAUCGAAGGAGCGAGGAAAAGACAUCCGUGGAUACGUCAUGAGCGUAGCAUCGAAGGGGGGAAGAGAGUUCGUCGUCCUCACUUCUAUGAAAUCCCAGUCGUUUGCUGCCGAAGACGCAACAACUGCCCAAUUGUGGAUAGAGAAGAUCGAACAAGUAGUGGAAAUGUACAAAAGCAACCUUCCUUCGCAAGCACGGACAUAG